GCCAAGCUGGAGCCCAAAGCCAGGGGUCCCGAAUCCCAGCGGGGCGCUCCCUGCACCCACCAUGAGCCGCCUGCUCUGGAGGAAAGUGGCCGGCUCCGCCGCCGUCGGGCCCGGGCCGGGUCCAGCAGCUCCGGGGCGCUGGGUCUCCAGCUCCGCCUCCGGCCCCGGCCCCAGCGACGGGCCGCCGCCGCCGCCGCCGCCGCCAGUGCCAUCCUCGGGGGACGCGCAGCUGCGGCACAACCCCUUGCACAUCCAGAUGCUCUCGAGGGGGCUUCACGAGCAAAUCUUCGGGCCCGGCGGCGGGGAGACGCCCGGCGAGCCCGCGGUGCGCCGCAGCGUGGAGCACCUGCAGAAGCACGGGCUCUGGGGGCAGCCGGGCGCGCCCCUGCCCGACGUGGAGCUGCGCCUGCCGCCCCUCUACGGGGGCAGCCUGGACCGGCACUUCCGCCUCCUGGCGCAGAAGCAGAGCCUGCCCUACCUGGAGGCGGCCCACUCGCUGCUGCAGGCCCAGCUGCCCCCCCGGCCCCCGAGCUGGGCCUGGGCGGAGGGCUGGACCCGGUACGGCCCCGCGGGGGAGGCCGAACCCGUGGCCAUCCCCGAGGAGCGGGCCCUGGUGUUCGACGUGGAGGUCUGCUUGGCAGAGGGAACCUGCCCCACGCUGGCGGUGGCCAUAUCCCCCUCGGCCUGGUAUUCCUGGUGCAGCCGGCGGCUGGUGGAAGAGCGUUACUCGUGGACCAGCCAGCUGUCGCCGGCUGACCUCAUCCCGCUGGAGGCCCCUGCCAGUGCCGGCCCCGCCGCCCAGCGAGACGGGCAGGAGCAGCUAGUGGUGGGGCACAAUGUGUCCUUCGACCGGGCCCACGUCAGGGAGCAGUACCGCAUCCAGGGCUCCCGCAUGCGCUUCCUGGACACCAUGAGCAUGCACAUGGCCAUCUCGGGGCUGAGCAGCUUCCAGCGCAGCCUGUGGAUGGCGGCCAAGCAGGGCAAGCGCAAGGCCCGGCAGGUCACACAGCGAGCCCAGAAGUCCCAGAGCAAAGGCAACGGCCCAGCGAUCUCCUCCUGGGACUGGCUGGACAUCAGCAGCGUCAACAACCUGGCGGACGUGCACGGCCUCUAUGUGGGGGGGCCGCCCCUGGAGAAGGAGCCUCGCGAGCUCUUUGUCAAGGGCAGCAUGAAGGACGUCCGCGAGAACUUCCAGGACCUGAUGCAGUACUGUGCCCAGGACGUGUGGGCCACCUACGAGGUCUUUCAGCAGCAGCUGCCGCUCUUUCUGGAGAGGUGUCCCCACCCGGUGACUCUGGCCGGCAUGCUGGAGAUGGGGGUCUCCUACCUGCCCGUCAACCAGAACUGGGAGCGCUACCUGGCCGAGGCGCAGAGCACCUACGAGGAGCUGCAGCGGGAGAUGAAGAAGUCGCUGAUGGACCUGGCCAACGACGCCUGCCAGCUGCUGUCUGGAGAGAGGUACAAAGAUGACCCCUGGCUCUGGGACCUGGAGUGGGAUCUGCAAGAGUUUAAACAGAAGAAGGUGAAGAGGGUGAAGAGGAAGGAGCCGGCUGCCGCCAGCGACGUGCCCACCGAGGGUGCUGGGGCCCCCGGAGAUGCCAAGGAUCAGGAAGACCCUGGCCCCCCCAGUGAGGAGGAGGAGCUUCAGCGCGCUGUCACGGCCCGCGCCUGCUUGGAGCAGCUGAAGGGGACCACGGAGCUCCUGCCCAAGCGGCCGCAGCACCUUCCUGGACACCCUGGGUGGUACCGGAAGCUCUGUCCCCGGCUCGAUGACCCCGCAUGGACCCCGGGCCCCAGCCUCCUCAGCCUGCAGAUGCGCGUCACACCCAAGCUCAUGGCGCUGACCUGGGACGGCUUCCCCCUGCACUUCUCAGAGCGGCACGGCUGGGGGUACCUGGUGCCCGGGCGGCGGGACAACCUGGCUCCGGUGCCACCGACGGGCGUGGCCUGCCCCUACAGAGCCAUCGAGUCCCUGUACGGGAAGCACUGCGCCGAGCAGGGGAAGCGGCAGCCGGAGCCGCAGGCGGCGCGCCUGGCCGAGGAGUUCCUGUUCAGCGAGAGCAGCGCCCAGUGGCAGAUGGUGGAAGAGCUGGGCUGCUUAGAGGUGCAGGAUGAGGCCAAGGCGGACAGCUUGGAGGCGGCAGUUCCGGGUCAGCCCCCAGCUCUGACUGGGGCUGGCGGCCCCAAAGCCAGCCAGCCAGCCUAUCACCACGGCAACGGACCUUACCACGAUGUGGACAUCCCCGGCUGCUGGUUCUUCAAGCUGCCACACAAGGACGGCAACAGCUGCAACGUGGGCAGCCCCUUCGCCAAGGACUUCCUGCCCAAGAUGGAGGACGGCACCCUGCAGGCGGGCCCGGGAGGCGCCAGUGGGCCCCGGGCCUUGGAAAUCAACAAGAUGAUUUCCUUCUGGAGGAAUGCCCACAAACGGAUCAGCUCCCAGAUGGUGGUGUGGCUGCCCAGGUCGGCUCUGCCCCGCACUGUGACCAGGCACCCAGAUUACGACGAGGAGAACCGCUACGGGGCCAUCCUGCCCCAGGUGGUGACGGCCGGCACCAUCACCCGCAGGGCCGUGGAGCCCACGUGGCUCACUGCCAGCAACGCCCGGCCCGACCGCGUGGGCAGCGAGCUGAAGGCCAUGGUGCAGGCCCCGCCCGGCUACGUCCUGGUGGGCGCCGACGUGGACUCGCAGGAGCUGUGGAUCGCAGCGGUGCUGGGAGACGCCCACUUCGCGGGCAUGCACGGCUGCACGGCCUUCGGGUGGAUGACCCUGCAGGGCCGCAAGAGCAGGGGCACCGACCUGCACAGUAAGACGGCGGCCACCGUGGGCAUCAGCCGCGAGCACGCCAAGGUCUUCAACUACGGCCGCAUCUACGGCGCGGGGCAGCCCUUCGCCGAGCGCCUGCUCAUGCAGUUCAACCACCGCCUCACCUCCCAGGAGGCAGCCGAGAAGGCCCAGCAGAUGUACGCCGUCACCAAGGGCCUGCGCAGGUAUCGGCUGUCCGAUGAGGGCGAGUGGCUGGUGAGGCAGCUGCGCAUCCCCGUGGAGAGGACUGAGGACGGCUGCGUUUCCCUGCAGGAUCUGCGCAAGAUCCAGAGGGAAGCGUCGAGAAAGUCCCGCGGGAAGAAGUGGAACGUGGUUGCAGAACGGAUGUGGACGGGGGGCACCGAGUCAGAAAUGUUCAACAAGCUGGAGAGCAUCGCCACGGCCGACGAGCCCCGCACCCCGGUGCUGGGCUGCCGCAUCAGCCGCGCCCUGGAGCCCGCGGUGGCUCAGGGGGAGUUCAUGACCAGCCGGGUGAACUGGGUGGUGCAGAGCUCCGCCGUGGACUACCUGCACCUCAUGCUCGUGGCCAUGAAGUGGCUGUUUGAGGAGUUCGCCAUCGACGGGCGCUUCUGCAUCAGCAUCCACGACGAGGUCCGCUACCUGGUGCGCGAGGAGGACCGUUACCGCGCCGCCCUGGCCCUGCAGAUCAGCAACCUGCUCACCAGGUGCAUGUUUGCCUACAAGCUGGGCCUCAAUGACCUGCCCCAGUCAGUCGCCUUUUUCAGUGCCGUCGACAUCGACCGGUGUCUCAGGAAGGAAGUGACCAUGGAUUGUAAAACCCCCUCCAACCCGACCGGGAUGGAGAGGAGAUACGGGAUUCCCCAGGGCGAAGCGCUGGAUAUCUACCAGGUCCUGGAACUCACCAAAGGCUCCCUGGAGAGGCAAGGCCGGCCGGGCCCGUAGCCGCCGAGGCGGGCAUUGCUCCCGUGGAGCUCACCGGGUGCGCGGCGCCCACACUCAGGCUUUCGGCUGCGCUCUCCCGGUAGCAGGCCCUGCCGGGGAGGACCGCCUGUCACAGAGGGUGCAGCCCAUUUCAACGGGUUCACGACCAAGAGGCCAACGUCGGUGCAGGCUGUCGGACGAGGGGUAGUGCUGCUUGUCGGGUAAACGGAGAGCAGAAGCCCCAAAGUGCACAUUAACUCAGGCAUUUCGUUUCUUUUCUCCUUUUCUUCUUGGCUGGUUCUUGGUUCUGUUCCCCGUGCUCUGACGCAGCGUCCUAGGAGAAGUAACGCUUCGGGUGACCACCCUGCUCAGAGGCCCGGAAAUAAACACAGAUCCUUUAUCUUCGCA